UGUGAACCUGAGAAGUCUUCAAAGAUGAUCUGGUGUGUUUUAAUGUUGGGGAUUCUACUUCCCCAAUCUUCAGCCCAUCCAGGCUUUUUUACCUCAAUUGGUCAAAUGACUGAUUUGAUCCAUACUGAGAAAGAUCUGGUGAUUUCACUCAAAGAUUAUAUUAAAGCAGAAGAGGACAAGUUAGAACAAAUAAAACAAUGGGCAGAGAAGUUAGAUCGACUAACCAAUACAGCAACGAAAGAUCCCGAAGGGUUUGUUGGGCAUCCUGUAAAUGCAUUCAAGUUAAUGAAACGUCUGAACACUGAAUGGAGUGAGUUGGAGAAUCUGGUCCUCAAGGAUAUGUCAGAUGGCUUUAUCUCUAACCUGACCAUUCAGAGGCAGUACUUCCCUAAUGAUGAAGAUCAGGUUGGGGCAGCUAAAGCUCUGAUUCGUCUGCAAGACACCUACAAUCUGGACACAGACACCAUCUCAAAGGGCAAUCUUCCAGGAGUGAAACACAAGUCUUUUCUAACAGCUGAGGACUGCUUUGAGUUGGGCAAAGUGGCCUAUACGGAAGCAGAUUAUUACCACACGGAACUGUGGAUGGGACAAGCACUAACACAGUUGGAGGAAGGCGAGGUUUCUACCAUAGACAAAGUCUCUGUUCUAGAUUAUUUGAGCUAUGCAGUAUACCAGCAGGGAGAUCUGGAUAAGGCACUUUCACUCACUAAGAAGCUUCUUGAACUAGAUCCUGAACAUCAGAGAGCUAAUGGUAACUUAAGAUACUUUGAGUAUAUAAUGACUAAAGAAAAAGAUACCAAUAAAUCUGCUUCAGAUGACCAAUCUGAUCAGAAAACUACACCAAAGAAAAAAGAGAUUGCUGUGGAUUACCUGCCAGAGAGACGGAAGUACGAAAUGCUGUGCCGUGGGGAGGGUAUCAAAAUGACUCCUCGGAGACAAAAGAAGUUGUUCUGCCGCUAUCAUGAUGGAAACCGGAAUCCUAAAUUUAUUCUGGCUCCAGCCAAACAGGAGGAUGAGUGGGACAAGCCUCGUAUUAUCCGCUUCCAUGACAUUAUUUCUGAUGCAGAAAUUGAGAUUGUCAAAGACUUAGCAAAACCAAGGCUGAGGCGAGCCACCAUUUCAAACCCAAUAACAGGAAACUUGGAGACGGUACAUUACAGAAUUAGCAAAAGUGCUUGGCUGGCUGGCUAUGAAGACCCUGUGGUGUCCAGAAUUAAUAUGAGAAUACAAGAUCUCACAGGACUGGAUGUUUCCACGGCAGAGGAAUUACAAGUAGCAAAUUAUGGAGUUGGAGGACAGUAUGAGCCCCAUUUUGACUUUGCACGGAAAGAUGAGCCAGAUGCUUUCCAAGAGCUUGGGACAGGAAAUAGAAUUGCUACAUGGCUGUUCUAUAUGAGUGAUGUAUCCGCUGGAGGAGCUACUGUAUUCCCUGAAGUAGGAGCCAGUGUUUGGCCCAAAAAAGGCACUGCUGUCUUCUGGUAUAACCUGUUUGCCAGUGGAGAAGGAGAUUACAGUACACGGCAUGCAGCCUGUCCUGUGCUAGUUGGAAACAAAUGGGUAUCCAACAAAUGGCUGCAUGAACGUGGACAAGAAUUUCGAAGACCAUGCACCCUGUCAGAACUGGAAUGACAGACAAGCUCCCCUUCCUCCUGUUGUCCUCUAAUGCGCCUGGCACAAUUGCUGAUAAUAACUUUCAGACGUUUACAGAUGACUAACACUCCAUGAUUAAUUCGGUCAUGAAUCUUAUCCCAUGUUUUGUCUGUGGACAAUUACCACAUUACGUAAAAUUUUACAGUUCAUUUGUUAUCACAGGAUACGGGACGUUUAAAAUGAGGAAUCCUGAUUUUGUCAUUUAAAAGACCUUUUUGGUUCAAUUUAAAAAAAAAAAAAAAAAAAAAAAAAAAAGGACAAACAGUUGUAGGUUUUGCCAUAUCUCAGUAGAUGGUGGGUCAAGUGAGGCUGUGCAUGGUGUAGACGCCUAUCUACCUGCUCUCCCUUUGCUGGGUUGCUGAGACAAGUGAUAAACUAAGAUCCUAGUCUGGGUCCUAAGGCAUUUGCCUCCAUCUAUUAUUCCAUGUUUAUAAUUCUUAUUUAAAGAAACUAUUUUUACCAAAUCCCCCUUCUCACCACUGGUGAAUUCAACUGGUUUGAGAUUACUUUGUUCUAAAAAGUCAUGUAUAACGGAACUGACCCUCACAGCUAAGAUGCUCAGUCUCGGACGUUUUCUUCAAUGACUGAUUGUGUCUGUUCCAAGUGCUAAUACCCUGCCUUGUGUGCCUGCUACAGCAGGUGGUGGUGUUGGCAUUCUGAUUAAACACUGUGCCUUAGGAGACUGGGAGUUAAAAUGUACAGGUCCUUGUAAUGACGAGGGAGUUGAUUUUUUAAAAGAAACUGUUUUAUAAAAAGCCAAAAUGUCUUUUUUUUUUAAUUCUGAAACGUGUUAUAACAGUGACCUAUUUAUGAUCUUAAAUCUUUUUUUAAAAAUG